AUGGAUGGGUGUUUGGAAACCUAUAUUGUUAUUUGUGCAACAUGAAAGCAACGGUCGUUCCUGAAGACUGUCAAGAUCGGUUUUCAAGGUUUACCAAUAAACCUCUGAUCAACAUCCUUAACCCAGAAGUGUGGACAGAGCCGGGUAAUAAGAAAAUCCUAGAAAAAACGUGCAAUGAUGAUCAAAUACUGGAUACGUUCUUUGAUGUAUGUCGAAAACUCUAUUGUCCAAUAUUCUCCUUAUCCAUCAAUGGUCGAUGUGUUCCGUUCCUCGAUCCAGAUGUGAGUUAUGAACUAUUUGUUCGACUCCUACCUCUCGAAAGAAUUAAGGCAUCACAAUCUGUAAAGAACGAACUAGGAUCUCGGUAUCUCAAUAUUCAGAGGAAGCUUGGGUUCGGAGAAUGCAAGUCAUGCUCUGUCACAAUGUAUCUUAACAAGGAUGCAUUGAAUGAGGUGCAUUUACCAGACGUAUAUGUCAACUUUGCCUUUAAGGUGACGAGGCGAUGCAAAGUAGAGCAGCUUUGGUCCAAACUAACAUCCGUCGAAAAGUCAUCAUCACGUAUCAAAAUUACACUGAACAAGGAAGUGGUCAGUUUUGAUGCACUCUGGGACAACAAAACAUAUAAAACAUUUGAAUCGGAUUACUAUGAAGAGAUUCUAACUGUUGGUGUAUCCGGUCAAUGUAAAGUCUUAUCACCACAACGUUUAGCAAACUGUCCUAAAGUAGAACUGACGAGGAAGGAAUACGAUACUGUUCUGGAAAACCAUUCUGGUGCUAAAGGGUUGCUGUUUAGCCCAAGCAAUGAAGAAACGAAUGGCUCAGUUUUCGUCUGCUGUGACAGCUACAUACAGGAGCAGCGUGCGACAGGAGCGGAAAAACGCGCCCCCGUGUUAUUGACGAUUAUUGCAUACUUCUUUGCGGUCUCUAUGACAACAUUGUAACGAGGCACCUCUGUAUGAACAUCGUCAUAAAGAUUCUUUUAUACCUGGCAGCAACGAGUUUUCAGUAUAAAUAUAAAAAAAACAGAAUAAUUUAAGUCCAUAUUUCAUUGCAACAAUUUCAAAUUUCUUGUUUUACAUCAGUUGUUUCUCCGCGUUAUUUUCAGAAAUUAUCCAAGUGUUGAUUUAGUUAAAUGAUAUCUGGAACUUAUCAUUUCCUUUCUGCCUUUGAUGAACGAAUACGAUGAAAUAAAAUAGUUUCUUGAUAAUUAAAAAUAUCACAUCUUAGGUAUACUUUUAAAGAUAUAAACCGCAAUGCUAAGAGCAAGGAGGAAAUAUAAUGAUGGCUAUCUAAAUAUAUGAACGAAUAACAGUAGCAUAAAUAGAAAAUAAUGCAAGUUUUUCAGGAAAUUACAAAUCCUUUUAAAAAGCCCUAAUUGCAAGCAUCCGCAAGCGAGACAUCUUUCCUCAUGUUAAUCGGGUAAAUUGUAAGUAGGUUUUUCUCAACCACUUCUUGAAACUGC